AUGGCACCCCUGUUACCUAUUAUCAAAUCCCCAUUAAACACCACCACACCACAAACCACACCAAGGAAACAUCACUUAAACCACUAAACAACCCCCAUUACCCUUUAGACCCAUUAAAUAGCCGGAAAUAGGGAAAAAUAAGAGCGGGCGACAUUGGAAGGGUUGGUAACACUGCGCCUGGACCAAAACAUUCUAGUAGUGGCGGUGGAGUUGUCAGGCUGUCAUCUGCUGGAAUAUUACCAUUUUUUCACCCCCCUACCACGCCCACGCCGCCCAUGAGGUGCUACAGCUUUGGCCCAAGACACAGACCAGCGUAGAGUGAACCUGACAGCUGCAUUCAGGCGUUCAAGCGUUCAUCUGUGCCUGGUGGUGUAUUAUGAGUCAGUGUUACGCAAGUGUUGGCUCUCACUGACUCAGGAACAGAGGCAGUGGUGCAGCGGUGGGCAGGAGUGCAGGGCUGGCGAUGGUUCAGCAGGGGAGCAGUGACGGUGUGUGUGUGUCUGUGUGUCGCGCCUGCUGAGUGUGGCGCUGCGUCCCUGCACACACCACCUGGACAAGCUGCGGUGUCACAGUGAGGUGAGGAGGAGGAGGAGAAGGUGGUGAGGAGGGGAGGUGAAGUGCUGUGCAGGGAGGAGGAGGUGAGCAGGGGGUGGGGUAUGGUAGUGCUAUGCCACACCAGGUAGACUCGUGCAACGUUUCCCUGUGCCCUUCCAAGUACAUCUACCUGCGGCCUUAUGUUGACGCCACACGUGGAGGCCAUGUUCCGCUGCGAGGAGUGUGGCAAGCAGUUUGCCUACAAGAACAACAUCACACACAUGAUCGUGCACGGCGGGGAGGAGAAGUUUGCCUGCGAGGAGUGUUGCAGCCUCCUCUCGCAGCAGGCGCAGCUCAGCACACACAUGCUGGUGCACACAGACCAGGGUGUCACAGCUGUCACUGGCAUGCCCAUCCUGCAGGACAAGAACUUCACCUGUCUCACGGCCUCCAUACCCUCCGUGGCUGAGAAACGCUUUGCCUGUGAGGUCUGUGCCAAACUGUUCCCCCGCAAGAGUUCCCUCAAGACCCAUCGCCUCGUGCACAGCGGUGAGAAACGAUUUGAGUGCGAUGAGUGCGGCAGCCGAUUCACGCGCAAGAGCAGCCUCACCACGCACCGCUUCACACACACCGGGGAGAAGAAGUUUGAGUGUGAGGAGUGCGGCAGCCUGUUCACCCGCAAGAGUUCCCUCAACAUUCACCGCCUGGCCCACCGUGGUGAGAAGAAGUUUGAGUGCGACAAGUGUGGCAAGAGGUUCACCCGUCGCAGCAGCCUCAACACACACAUGCUCAUGCACAACGGAGAGAAGAAGUUUGAGUGUGGGACAUGUGGCACCUCGUUCACCAGGAAGAGCAGCCUCAACACACACAUGCUGGUGCACACUGGUGACUAAUGUGUAUGUGUGUGUGCGUAUGCGUGAGUGUGUACAUGCAUGAGUGUGUAUGAGCGCGUGUCUGUGUGCAUGUGUGUGUGUGUGUGCGUCUGUGCAUACACAAGUCGAGGAUCAAGCUACAGUGUCAGCCAGUGGAGUCGUGUUGAGUCAGUUCGGUGACUAUGUAGUAAAAAUGAGACUAAUUUAAACUUAUUUUUCUCUGGUGUUCCUUUGGUCGUGAAGGACUGUAGGUGUCAUUCUUCCGUGUCAUCAGCUCCACCAACACACACUCCUUAGACCGUAGACCAAAUGUUAGCAAUGGCCAAGGGGGAAGUGUUUGUCUUCUCUAGUUAGCAACACUGUCUUGUGGAUGUGGCAACACUGCACCUCAGCAAGACUUAAUAAUGUACCUGGAUUGAUCUGUGUCUCUGCAACACUGGCAGGAGCAGCACUAGCACCAGCACACCCUCUUGUAUUGUCUUGUGUUGUUUUGUCACUUUUUGUUGAUUUUGUUAGUUUUGAUGCUAAAAAUGUCAUAAAUACACAAUAUUAUGGUUA